AUGAGGACAGAAGGAGGAUGUGCCUACGGCUGGGCACUUCCCGAGGAGGAAGCAGUGCCGCCGGAUUUCCCCAGGUGUGGCCCCUGGUAUAAAGAGCUGGGUGGCCAGGGCCCUAGCCAGGUAUACCAUUGGGACUGCCCCAAGUUCAGCCUGCUGCUGCUACAUCAUGCUCACCACCUGUGUCACCAGCUCCUCCCCAGCCUCUUGCUUCUGAUCUGGCUGCCCACUGGCCUGGCUCACCACGACCCCCCACUCUGGGGAGAGGCCCACACUCGCGGGACCCCACGUUGCUACUCAGCUGAGGAGCUACCCCUCGGCCAGGCCCCCCCACACCUGCUGACUCGGAGUGCCAAGUGGGAGCAUGCCUUGCCUGUGGCCCUGGUAUCCAGCCUGGAGGCAGCAGGCCAUAGGAGGCGACAUGAGGGACACUCAACUGAGACUCAGUGUCCUGUGCUACGGCCAGAGGAGGUGUUGGAGGCAGACACCCACCAGCGCUCCAUCUCACCCUGGAGAUACCGCAUGGACACAGAUGAGGACCGUUACCCGCGGCAGCUGGCCAUGGCGGAGUGCCUGUGCAAGGGCUGUAUUGAUGCCAGGACCGGCCGGGAGACGGCCGCGCUCAACUCAGUGAGGCUGAGCCAGAGCCUGCUGGUGUUGCGCCGCCGGCCCUGCUCCAGUGACGGCUCAGGGAAGCCCACACCCGGGGCCUUCUCUUUCCACACAGAGUUCAUCAGAGUGCCUGUCGGCUGCACCUGCGUGCUGCCCCGCUCAGCACGGUGA